AUGGCCUCCGUCAUCGUGGGCGGCCUGCACAAGGCCCAAGAAGCCGUUCAACAAGCCACUUCGAAAGAGAAAAAGGUUGCUGACCUCGAGCGAGAUACGGCAAAUAUCCACACUAAGCAGCCCUUGACUACGGACCAUGGAGUCCGCGUUGAGAACACUGAUCAAUGGUUGCGUCCCGUGGAUGAUCAACAUACGGGGCCGUCGUUGUUGGAGGAUCAGAUUGCUCGUGAGAAGAUCACCCGAUUCGACCACGAACGCAUUCCCGAACGAGUUGUGCACGCCCGCGGCACAGGCGCAUUCGGCAAUUUCAAAUUAACCCAGAGCAUAGAGGAUCUCACGUAUGCCGGUGUUCUGACCGACACGUCGAGGAGCACACCUGUGUUCGUACGCUUCUCUACCGUGCAGGGUAGCCGUGGUAGCGCGGACACGGUGCGCGAUGUGCGUGGGUUUGCGACGAAGUUCUAUACAGAUGAAGGGAUUUGGGAUCUGGUAGGGAAUAAUAUUCCUGUUUUCUUCAUUCAGGAUGCGAUUAAGUUUCCGGAUUUUGUCCACGCUGUCAAGCCAGAGCCUCACAAUGAAGUGCCUCAAGCCCAAACAGCACACAACAACUUCUGGGACUUUGUGUAUAUGCACCCCGAAGCAACGCACAUGUUCAUGUGGGCCGUGUCUGAUCGCGCCAUUCCCCGAUCGUUCCGCAUGAUGCAGGGAUUCGGCGUCAACACAUUCAUACUAGUCAACAAAGCGGGAAAACGACAUCUUGUCAAGUUCCACUGGAUUCCGCACUUGGGCGUACACUCGUUGGUGUGGGACGAAGCCCUCAAACUCGGUGGACAGGACCCAGACUUCCAUCGCAAAGACCUGAUGGAAGCAAUCAGCAACAAAAUGUAUCCGAAGUGGGACUUCGCCAUCCAGGUCAUCCCGGAGGAAAAGCAGGAUGAUUUUGAAUUCGACCCACUGGAUGCUACGAAAAUCUGGCCGGAGGAUAUUGUUCCGCUCCGAGUUAUCGGAGAGAUGGAGCUGAAUCGCAAUGUGGACGAAUUCUUCUCGCAGACGGAGCAAGUCGCCUUUUGUACGAGCCAUAUCGUGCCAGGCAUUGACUUCUCAGAUGAUCCGCUGCUUCAAGGUCGCAAUUUCUCCUACUUUGAUACCCAGAUUAGUCGGCUGGGGGUCAAUUGGGAGGAGUUGCCUAUCAACCGACCUGUGUGUCCUGUCCUGAACCACAACCGUGAUGGUCAAAUGCGACAUCGAAUCACACAGGGAACGGUGAAUUACUGGCCUAACCGAUUCAAUGCAAACCCGCCAGCAGCCGGGCCAAACGUUUCCCAAAAAGAAGACGGCGGAGGGUUCCACACGGCACCAGCACGGGUGGCCCGGCAGAAGCGACGGGCCGUUAACGCCAAAUUCGGGGAGCAUUUGAACCAGCCUCAGCUGUUCUACAACUCGCUGUCUGAGCAUGAGAAACUACAUGUGCGAAAGGCCCUGGGAUUUGAGCUGGAUCAUUGCGAUGACCCUACGGUCUAUGAGAGGAUUGCUGGCCACCGGCUUGCCGAGAUCGAUCUGAGCCUGGCACAAGCCGUCGCGGAGAUAGUUGGUGCCCCACUCCCCGAUAAAUCUGUGCGGGCGAAUCCAGGUCGGCGUGCACCACAUCUCUCGCAGACGGAGUUCAUGCCUCCCAAGCCGACGAUUGCUAGUCGGCGCAUCGCGAUCUUGAUUGGCGAUGGAUUUGACCCUGUUUCGUUUACCGGUAUGCGCGCUGCUAUCAAAAUGGCUGGUGCAUUGCCAGUUAUUAUCGGGAUUAAGCGGUCUCGUAUCUACGCGGAGGGAGAAUCGCCCUCUCCAUCUGCAGGUCGCGGAGGGGUUAGCCCAGAUCAUCAACUUGACGGUGUUCGCUCAACGCUAUUCGAUGCAACCUUCAUUCCUGGCGGUUCCCACAUCAAGACUCUUUCGCAGAAUGGACAAAUCAAGCACUGGAUUGCUGAAACAUUCGGGCAUAUGAAGGCCCUCAGUGCGACGGCAGAGGCAGUUAAUCUGGUGAAGGAGAGCCUAGGUGCCGUGUCCGGUCUGAAAGUCGGUUCCACUGAGCAGCCAGUCGACUGGUACGGAGUCGUCACUGCGGUUGGUUCUCAAAAGCCCGAUAAUUUCAGAGAGACCGUCAAUAUCGCUCGUGGGGCUACAGAUUUUGCGGGAUUGUUUUUCUAUCAGAUUGCACAACACCGCAACUAUCAGCGGGAGCUGGAUGGGCUGGCUUCGUCGGUUGCAUUUUAG